AUCCUCAAUAAAUAUAACCUAUCAGCUGAAUCAAACCUGCUUCAAUUAUGUGCUCAUGCCAAUAAGCUUAGAGCUCUGGUUCCAAACAACAAAAAGAAAAGACUUAUUAUUAAGGAAAGAGCUCAAUAUUGUGCAAAAACUAAAGAUAUGUGGAAUAUUUGGUUACAUGCUUUAGACUUAGCUAUACCAAAAAAUAAUACAGAUGAAGCAAUUAUGGCAGCCAGUUCUUGUGUUUCACAAUUUCGUAGAGAGUUAGCAGAAGCUGAAGAAAAACUUAGAAGAAUUCAAAAUAUCAAUACUACUAAAAUUUCUACUAUACAAGAUCUUGCAGAUGUAAUUAUGAUGUUGAAAGAAGCAAAAAAUAAUUCUGAACAUUGGCAAUUUCUAUUUAUGGAAAAGAAUCCAGAAUGUGCAAAAGAAUUGCUUACCUGGAUCCAAGAUGCAAUAGCAACUAGAAAGUUAUGCAAUCCUGUCUAUAGUAUUAAUAGAAAAUGCACUACAGGAAUAUUUAAUAAAUUUUUAAAAUUAUAUGAUAUUACAGCCAAAAGAUUAAAAAAAAUUGAAGGUAAACAUGCUUCUAGAGUUCAUGAUAGUCAAAAUCCAACUUUGCAACGUUUUGAAUUCCUUAGCAAAGUUGCAAUGAGGCAUAAGAUAGAUCAUCAUAAUUCUGGAAUAUAUUAUGCUGAGA